CGUAGUUCAGCUUUUGCUUCUGGUGAGUUCUUUUUAUUAAUCGUUUAUUUGACUAUUCAGUUUUCUUUAUUGCAACGUUUUAAAUCUACUUUUAUGUGUUUGAUCUUAAACUUUUGUCUAUUUCUCUCGGAACCGAAACUUUCUGCAGGAUUACAUCAUACACGCAUAAUGUCGAAUGAUCUACCUGAGGAUCUGAUUGUUGAAAUCUUUUCAAGGCUACCAACGAAAUCCCUACUCCGAUUCAGAUCAGUUUCCAAAUCAUUAUGUGCUUGUAUUGGUAGCCCCGAUUUCAUCCGACUCCAUGCUCUUCGAUCUCCAAAGAAAGUCACCAUAAUAUACAAAAUUCGUCGUGAUAAACUCGUAUAUACGUCACUUCCAGAAAACGAACUGUCGUAUAAUCCCUAUAGUGGCGUAAAACCACUAGAGUAUCCUUUCGAGAGUUUCCGCAUUGUUGGUUCUUGUAAUGGAAUUCUAUGUGUUUAUGAAUGUGGAAAGGGUUUAAAUCUAUGGAACCCUUCAAUUAGGCGCAAAGUGACGGUGCCUGAUCUUCGUUCUUCGGGUGAUUUUUUGGUACACGGGUUUGGUUUUGACCCAAUCAUCGACGAUUACAAGAUUUUGAGGAUAACGAGACGUAAAUCAUUUGUUUACACCUUGAAGACACGCACUUGGCGUGAGAUUGCUUCCCCGAAUGUUCCCUUUUCUAACGUUGAACCACAGUCGUGUAUUUUCAAUGGAGCAUUGCAUUGGGUCGUAAAUAAAACAUAUGUACGCAAUAAUUCCUAUAUAAUGACAUUCGAUUUGAGCUCUGAGGUAUUUUCUACAAUUCGCCUGCCAGAACCACAUUGGGAAACCAAUGGAGUGACAAUCAUCAAAGGUUCUCUAGCUGUGAUUUCUACAAACCGUCAUGGUCGUAGUUGGAUUUGGGUGAGGAGAGAAUACAAUAACAUUGCUGCUUCUUGGUCGCGUGCUUUUGAAGUCAAUAAGUAUAUAAAUCCGCUUAAAGGAGUUAGGGGAGUUUUUGUGCGCGCCACAAAUGGUGAUUUACUGUUCAAGAACUGUAAGGUGGCCGGAGCUUAUGAUCUUGUGAAACAGAUAGAAAGGAGACUUCAGAUCUUGAGUUGUUCAUCUAGCGUAGUUGACUUGAAUGUGUGCGAUGAAAGUCUCGAAUUGUUAGAUAUGGGGACUUCAUGUGAUCAAGGAAGCAAAUCACCAGGAAAGGAAGAGAAGCAGAACAAGUGAAACUAUGCAAAUUUAGCUUCCUAUCAUAGUACUUGAUU